UAGCUAUGAUAGUUUUGCAGUAUGAAUUAAAAACAGUAUAAUUUGAUAAUUAGAGUGUUUAUUUGAACAAAAUAUAAAAGAUGUUAGAGGAAGAUUGGGUUAAGAAAAUAGCUGAUAUCAAUAGCUCAUGUGAUUAUUUUGUUGAUGAAAAAAAAAAAGAUGAAUUAUUUUGUGAUAUACUCAAGGACUUAUUUUCUGUCAAUAUCAAAGAAGAUGUUAAAAUACAAAUGGUUUGUCUAUUUGAACAACAGAUGGAUAUACUGUUGCCAGAACCUGCAAAAGCUGAGCAUGCGUUUGGAUGUUUUUAUAAUGUAUUUUGUCAAACUGAUAAUACCUAUGUUAUUUUUAAAUCACAGAUUUUGAUAACGAUGACUGUGAUUUGCACCAAUUUUAAUUUGAAAAUUUUAUCAACAGACAAUUUCAAUAAGUUUAUCACACAGUUGUUUUGUAUAAAACCUUAUCAAUUUCCAUAUUUGGUUGUCAAGACGUCAUGCGAAUGCCUUCAGAUAAUAGAGCAAUGUUAUGAGGGUUCAACAAUUGAUUUUUUUGAUGUUGCCUACUCAUUAGCCAAAAAUGAAUCAAGUUUCGUGUUAAGUAGCUACAUGGCUCUUCUUGGAACGAUAAUUGAAAAUCAAAAUUUGAGAAUUAACAACCAUGAAAUGAAAAUAGGACCAGAAAGAAUACAGUCAAAACACUUACCUGACAUGUUGGAAAAAUGUUUACUACUAAUCAAUGAUUGUACUUGUUACAUGUCUCCCACUGGUUUGGUUCAACUAUUAAAGAAGAUACUACCAAUACUUGGGAAAAAAAAAAUUGCUCAAUCAGUUUUUAUAUCACUUAUGACAUACUGUAGUCAAUCUUUCAAUAUACUGCUCAUAUGGCUAGGAAUGAAUAUUCAGAAAUGGAUAAAAAUAAAAUCAUGUGAAAAUUCUGAUGUUUUUAAAAUAAAUUUGAUGAUGCUCAUAUCUAUGCCACAGAUAUCUAAGCUACAUUGUUCAUUACUGUUAAGUUUGUUAGAGCCAUACCUUCAUAUACUUCCUGAAGACCAAAAGUUAGAUGCUUCAAACUUUUAUAUUCCUUAUGUUCAACCUACAGCUUACAUGAAGCUUGACGUACUGUUUCAGCAACGUAUAACAACAUUCUUUCAACUUUCUUCAUUUCUUUCUCCAAAUAUUUAUCAAAAAAACUAUUCUGAUAUUCUUAAAGUAUUGUUUUUACAUUCUCAAUACAUUUUAACAUCAAAAGAAAGAGAUGUUUUGUUUCAUGCAUUGUGUAACCUCUACAAAAUAGAAAAUGAUGAAAUGAAAGAACGCAUCACUGGUUUCAUGGAAGAAUAUGCUGUUUAUAAUGUUGAAGCUGUAGAGAAUGUAAUUGAAUUUUGCGAAAUCAUUAAAGUUACAAGUUAUGAGUCUAGUUGUAAAUUAAUGAAAAUGCUAACUGAGAGGUUUUUGAAAAUUGAUGCAAAUUACACUGAAGAAAUUCUAUAUUAUUACUUAAUAUUGUUUGAAAAAAUGGUUCUUCUUAAAGAAAUUAGUCCAUUGGCAAUACUUAAAAAACUUUCAGAGUUAAGUUUAGUGUUUAACAGAUGCAAAUGGGAUAUUGGCAACAUGUUUUUGACUAUAUGUUCAAAUAUUUUGAUUACUCAUUCUCAACCACAUAUUAUUUAUGAAGUUGCAUCUUUGUUGUGGGACAUAUACAAUGGUUUUAAAAAUAAACAAAUUCAGGAUAGAGCUCUAUUCUAUUACUUGAUUAUUGGAAAUGUAUCACCAACGUUAUUUAGCCAAACUUUUAUAUCUUCUGCUGUUAAUGAAAGUUUUGAGGAAGCCGAGACUUCACAAGAGGUUUCCACCAUCAUUUCUCAAGAAGUACUUUCACCAAAAAGAGCAACAACUGAUUUCCUUUCAUUUUCUCUUGUGGAGAAUGAUGAUAACACGUUGAUAAGUGAAAAUAUAUUCAAGAUGCCUCAAGAUUCCUUUGAAGAAUAUAAAAAGGCUUUGAUGUUGGAAGAAUAUAGAAGAAGCAUUUUUCAUAAAUUUUUAAUUUAUUUUAAUGAGAAAAGCAAUCAAGAUUUACAAGAUAUAUUUGCUGUUGAAAUUGUUUUCAUUACAACAGACUCAUAUGAUAAAGUUGAGAGUGCUUGUUGCCCAUAUCUCUCAAAAAGUAAUAAAAAAGGUGAAGAAGUUAUAGUUAAGUUUACACCAAAAAAGCCUCAACCAGUUUGUUUUGUUGUAAAUGCCUCUUAUAUUGACGCAAAUAGCAAUUGUUAUACAACUCAAUUGGAUUCCAUCCAAUUAAAGUUUCGACAUUUAUUUAUGCCAUUACCUUGCAUUGCUGCUUUCCAGUAUAGUGUAAAAGGUUUAUUUGAUGCUUUGUGGCUUGAUAUUGAAAAAAAUCAAUCUAAAACGAGCGAAAAAAUAUUACAGAAUAACAAUAUUAUAUCAGUAAAAUAUAUGUGCAAUCUAUCAUCAAUGAUUUUAAAGUUAAAAUUAGAGCAGUUCAUUACAUAUGAAGAUGCGACCCUUAUAAACGUUGGUAUACACUUACCUCCUCGUAAUCAUGUGCUUUUCAAAUUUGAGUUCGGUGAAAGUUGUUUAGUUCGAAUUGCAACAGACGACUAUACUUUACUUGACGAAAUCGAUGAUUAUUUAGAAACACUUAAACUUCCAGAAUAAGUUUUUUAGUUCCUGUUUAUAAAAAUUUUAACUUUUGUCUUUGUAUGUAGACAUUUUUGUACAAAAAAUCUUUUUACUAUCUUACGAAACCAAAUCUUCAUGAACAUGUGUUGGCAACAUAUGUUUAUACUUUAAAAA